AUGAAUGACUUCUUAGGAGUUUGGUUGUUCGAAAUUUUUUGUUACUGUCAAAAAUCAAACAAAUAUUUGAUCCUUUCCGGUACGCAUCUUCUUUUAAAUCACACUUGUUCUGAUUCCUAUACAGGGUGACUUUGAAGUUGAGUCAUUAAUUUUCAGAUAAUGAUUGUAGAAGGAAGAUAAACCAAAAUAUGUGUGUAAAAAUAAAAAAAAAAAAAUGUUACCUUGUUUUAUAAAGUAUCCUCCCGACAAGUAUUUCAGUGCGGACCUGCAUUUGAUCGUGCGGUCUUGGAGCACCGGCAUGCCGUCCCCUGUGAGGUCUUAAGUCACCUGAUUCACGAGCCCUUUGUACUACAUUAACAAAGGCACGAGGGGUUGGUUGCACUCGAUUGGAAAACCGAUCCGCAUAAAUCCGUGAUGCCGCGUAAAUAAGAAUCAUGUCCACAAGUUCAGCAUUUUCGUAAACAUGUGCCAGUUUUGAUUUCGUUUGAGCCACGCAACAGACACCACUAUUCACUCACGCGUUACCGACUGACACUGACUGUAUACAACUGAAUAAAAUAAUUGUAAAAACAUCGUUCCAAAUUCUUUCGCUUUUUUGUUUCCGAUGCGAUGAACCGAUAAGGCGGAUUAUAUCCGUUGUUGCCAAACACGAGCACAUAAUAUUAUUAUUGAGACAGGGCGGUACUCAAACUUCCAAAGGGCUAUAACUUUGUUACUUUAAUUUUACCAGAAAAAUGGUAAAGGAAAAAAACAUUUCUUUUGAUCAGAUCUACUCACUGUUAAAAUAAAUGACUCAACUUCGAAGUCACCCUGUAUAUCUACUGAUAUGCCAUGCUAUAUACGUAUUUGCUUGGUGCAACUCUUCUGUCAAUGACAUGUUACAUAACUUGA